AGAUCGCGAGUUCUUCUAGCUUUUCAGCUCUAAUUUUGUAAUCGCAAAUUUACCCAAGUUUCAAUUCAGUCUCAGGUCACGAUACGUUAACUACUCAGCGUUACUUAGGGUCAAUUGUAGGAUGUUGAGGUCUCUGAUUUGGAAACGAUCACAGGCAUCGUCUUCAGCCGUCACGAUGUCCAGUUCAAUCACUCAGAGAGGAAAUGAAAGGCUUUUGUCUGAAGCCGCUGGUUCACAUUCAAGAGAUACUAAAAUAUUGGUUUUGGGAGGAAAUGGUUACGUAGGUUCACAUAUAUGCAAGGAGGCACUGAGACAAGGUUUCUCUGUAUCUAGUCUUAGCAGGUCUGGAAGAUCUUCUCUGCAUGGUUCAUGGGUCGAUGAUGUAACCUGGCAUCAAGGCGAUUUGCUUUCACCCGAUUCUCUGAAACCUGCACUAGAAGGAAUUACAUCUGUGAUUUCAUGCGUUGGUGGUUUCGGUUCCAAUUCACAUAUGGUCAAGAUUAACGGGACUGCAAACAUUAAUGCUGUUAACGCUGCCGCAGAACAAGGUGUGAAAAGAUUUGUGUAUAUAUCAGCUGCGGAUUUUGGUAUCAUAAAUAACUUGAUUCGAGGAUAUUUCGAAGGAAAGAGGGCAACUGAAGCUGCAAUUUUGGAUAAAUUUGGAAACAGAGGAACGGUUUUAAGGCCAGGAUUCGUACAUGGGACUCGUCAGGUCGGUAGCAUAAAGCUGCCACUUAGUCUCAUUGGAGCUCCACUUGAAAUGGUUUUGAAGCUGUUCCCAAAAGAGGUGACGAAACUUCCUCUGAUCGGGCCACUUUUAAUACCUCCGGUGAAUGUAAAGUCCGUUGCAGGAACUGCGGUAAAAGCUGCAGUCGAUCCCGAGUUCGCUUCUGGAAUCAUCGAUGUAUACGGGAUCCUUCAACACGGUCACUGAACGCGACACUGGCUUAACAAAGUUUUUCCUUAUUAUGGGUUUUAACUCUCUAAAUCAAAUGUAACAACCAUUGUCUCUAGUUUUUGCCACCAAAUAAAUUUUGAAACUGAAGCAGCUUAAAGCAAUAAUAGAGAUUCAUAUUUUUUUUCUUA